GUCACCAAGCUCACCAUAGUGCCUGUCACGCUGCUGAUCAACUUCUACAUGUACACCGUCUCGACCACGCACAAGGUCAAGCUCUCUCUUCUCAUCCUCCUCGCCGGCGUCGGCAUCGCCACCGUCUCCGACGUCGAUCUGAGGCCGCUCGGCCUGGCCUUUGGCGUCCUCGCCGUCCUCUCCACCGCCAUGUUCCAGAUCUGGCAGGGCACGAAGCAAAAAGAGUACGGUGCGCUGCCACUGCCGGCCGCCGCCGGCCUCGCCCGGGCCGCGCCACCGCCGCCUGCCGCCGCGUGGCCGACGGCUCCGAGACCGCGGCGCCCGCCUCGCAGGUAUGAGCGGCACGCAGCUGCAGUACUCGGCACCAUCCUCGCGACGUGCUUCCUGGCCCUGCUCGUCAACUGGUGCUCCUUCGGCCUCAUCGGCAAGACGUCCCCCAUCACCUUCCAGGUCGUUGGCCAUGCAAAGACGUGCCUCGUCCUCAUCGGCGGGUACGUCUUCUUCCCCGUCGCGGGGGACGCGCAGCAGCUGUACAACAACAUCGCGGGCGUCACCGUCGCGAUGUUUGGGGUUGUCCUGUAUGGCCACCUCAAGCACGCAAGCAGCGAGGGCAAGCCCGACUGCCUCGACUCG